AUGGUAGUAAAACAAAAGAAAGUUGAUGUUGCUACAACAACAACACCGACUACUACACCUACCACAACUGCUACUACUCCAGCUGUAGUGUUAAGAGAGACACUUGGAGACUUUGAUAGAUUGACAGACAAGAUGGUGAUGGAGGAUAUCUUUUUCCAAUUGACUGUAGAGGAUUUAUUGGUGUGUCAAGGUGUUAGUAGUGCAUUCUAUGUCAUGUUGAAUGACGAUCGUUUGUGGAAGGAUGUAUUUCUACGUCAGAUCAAGGGAACCAAGAAACAAGUACAAUUUGUAAAGUCGAGUUGGAAGUUGACUGCAUUGUCGUUCUUGUUUGGAGAGAACAAGACUAUCGAGUCAUUCCCACACCGUCCAUUACACUUUUCAACAUUCCAAUCGAUGGAGAUUUACACUAGAUGGUUGAGACGUCACACAGCAGUCUCCAACUACUUUACCGAAGAGAUGAGCAAGGUGGUGGAUAGACGUGACGUGUCAGAGUUGUCGUUGCAAGAGUUUAUCGAUCGCUACGAACGUCCAGUUGUGCCAGUCAUCUUUACAGGCGUGCAAAAGGAAUGGCCCGCACAAAAAGAGUGGACCAAGGAACGUCUGGUCGAACGAUUCGGAGACAUAACAUUCAAGAUUACACAUCAAGAUCAUAAACGUAUACCUAUGACAUUCAGAGACUAUGCACGUUACAUGUCUGAGCAAUGUGAUGAAGAACCACUCUAUGUAUUCGACGACGCCUUUGGUGAAAAGGCACCAGACAUGUUGUCCGAAUACUCUGUACCACCUUACUUUCCAGAAGACCUGUUUGCAUGCAGUGGUGAAAAGGAGCGUCCUCAUUUCAGAUGGAUUGUCAUUGGUCCCCCGAGAAGUGGUGCACCAUGGCACAUUGACCCCGCCGGUACAAGUGCUUGGAACUCGUUGAUCAGUGGUCGCAAGCGUUGGCUCAUGUACCCACCCCAAAUCACACCCAUCGGUGUCUCUAUGGAAGACAUUGACGAAAAGUUUUACGGGUCUCCUCCCUCACUCCUCUGGUUGCUCGAAGUCUACCCAUACCUUCCACCCGAUCAAAAACCAAUUGAAUGUAUUCAAAAUCCAGGUGAAACUAUAUUUGUUCCAGGUGGUUGGUGGCAUAUGGUCCUCAACCUCGAAGAAUCAAUCGCCGUCACUCAAAACUUUUGUGAUUCUCAAAAUUUUGAACAAGUUUGUCAAGAGUUACAUUCUGACGGUAAAGAAUAUGGUAAUUUUAAGAAAUCAUUAUUAGAAUCGAAACCAGAAUUUCAAAAAAGAUUUGAUGAUUUUGAAUUGAUGGAAUCACAAGUUAGACAUGGUUUUGAUAAUUUAGAGUAUUGGACACCGAUGAUUAAAGAAUUGUUCCGUCGUCAUCUUCCCAAUCAACCACUGGAUGACAAUACAUUCAAGGUAGAGUCACCAAUUUCUGGACAGAGUCCAGUGUUUAUUGUAAAUAGUCAGUAUGUUGUAAAGUUUUAUUGUACCGAGUUUGGAGGUGAGAAAUCCUAUCUUCACGAAUCACAUCUCUACACUGUCAUUCGUCAAGAUGAUGUACUUCAAUCAGUCUUUCCAAGACUCCUUGGUAAUGGUUAUUAUGUCGAUGGUGUCAAUAUCAACUAUUGUGACAAUUUGAAAUGGAAAUGGCCAUACAUUGUUACUUCAUUUAUUAAAGGUGUAAAUUUACAAGAAGUUCAAAUUGUCCCCGAACAAUUGGAAUAUCCAUAUCCUCCUCCAGCAGUAGUCGAAGAAGAUGAUGACGAUGAAGAUGAAGAGGAUGAAGAAGAAGAUAUUCCACCAGUUGUCGAUGAAAAGAAUUUAAUUAAUCUUACAGCCGAUACAUUGGUUCGUUUACAUUCAAUUGAACCUGUUAUUCCAACCACCGAUGACAACAACUUGGUUACCAAUCCAUUCAUAACUGACAAGUCAGAUUUAUGGGUAUCAUGGAAAGAGGAAUUAAAGAAUCUUUACGACAAGCAUAUUGGUAACCAUUGGAAUUGGGGAGGUAUGCCACAACACCUUCGUUCAUCAAUGGCUCCAUAUCUUCCCAAAGAUCUAAACACCAUCAUCGAUACUCGUCUUCCACCAUGCUACCUACACACUGAUUUGACCGAUGAAAAUGUGUUGGGUGAGGUUAUCCACGACCAACCAACCAAUGCCGACGAUAAAAAGAAAAAGAAACAAUUGUCAUUGAUUAGAUUCCUCAAAAAGGGAUUACACAUGGAAGAGAAACGUUCGUCACCACAUCCAUCAGGUCUUUGGGUACCAAAAUACAUGAUUGACUUUGGAGACAGCAAAUUUGGUGAUCGUUGGUACGAACUCAUCUCUUUGCACUUGUCAGUGUUUGCAGGUGACAAACAACGUUUCAAGCAAUUCCUCUCCUCUUACACCUUUUCCAAACGUGAUGGUGAUUCAUUGGCUGGCAAGACAUGGCUAUGGCUCUACCAACAAGACCCACAAGCCUUUAUUUACCGUUGUAUGUGUUAUACUAUUAUUCACCAUUGCGAUGCCAUGACCACCAUCACUAGACAUUUCCCAACCUAUAGAAAUGCAAAAACAAUCCAAGAAAUUGCUAAAUUAAUGUAUGACCUUGAUUAUAAUCCUGAUCCAUCAACUAUUAUCUAA